CCGAAACGUUGCUUGACAGUACAUGCAGUCAUGCUGAAGGUGCGAUUGCGUGCAGGGGAAGAGGGUAGGUAAGGUGGUAGUAACAUGAGAGCUGCAAUGGCUCCGAUUGAUGGGGAAUGGUGAGAGAGGGUUGGGUGUGGAGGAGGGGGAGGGGAGCAGGCGGGGAAAGAUGGGAGAGGAGGAAGAAGAGGAGGGGUUGGUGAAGGACGUGUGCCGCUACGCAGCCGGCUUGCGGUCUAUCCCCGAUGCCCUGAGGGAGUUGAGAUCGAGUGAGAGCACCGUACGUUCUCUGAAUCUUCAUGGCAACUUCAUUGCCAAGAUCGACGGCUUGGCGGCCCUGGUUAACCUGACAGAGCUUAACCUCUCUUCUAACGAGAUUGUACGCAUCCGAGGCUUGUCGGGACUAACGAACCUGACCAGCCUCAACUUGGCAAGCAACCGGAUCGCAGCAAUCACAGGUCUGGACGGUCUCGUGUCACUGCGACGAUUGAUACUGUCUCACAACGGGAUCUCAAGUCUGAGCGGCUUGUCGGCUCUCCAUGGGAUGACCUACUCCCUCCAGACUCUGGACAUGCGGGACAACUGUAUCUCGUCUUUGUCUGAGCUAUGGGCGCUCGCAGGAUUGCCGCACCUAAGAGUGGUCGUGUUCAAAGCAGGGGGCAAAGAUAACCCGAUCUGUGGCAUGCUCGGGUACCGAGCAGCAGUACUGGCAGCAGCCCGGGGCUUGUGUAGCCUGGAUGGUUCCCCCGCCGACGAGAUCGUGCCAGAAAGCGCGGGAACGUCAGGUCCCAUGACCACCGGAAAGGCCGCAAGCCUUCCCGCCUGGACCGGCUUGUAUCGAGCAGAGGAGGAGGAGAAAGGAGAGGAGGAGGAAGAGGAGGAGGAAGAGGUGGUGGCGGGAGUUAGUGGCUGGUACGAUGAUCACGUCACGGCAGCAGGAGAGCGUGUUGCAGCAAGAAGCGCAGCAGGGCCAGCAGCAGCAGCAGGAGGAGUAGGAGGAGGAGGAGGAGGAGGAGGAGGAGGAGGAAGAGGAGGAGGAAGGGGUACGAGAAGAAACGCACGAGAGGUGAGGAGAGGGGAGAACGUCGGGCAAAGGACUGUUGAAGGUAUGGAGGAGGUUCGGAGAGAAGGAAAAGGCACGGUGAUGAUGAUGACGAAGCGGCCCAUGCUGCGGGCAAGGAUAGGUGAUCCGACGACCAGACAGAAAGCGCUGGUUCCUUCGGCGGAACGUGGGGGUAGUGCCACGUGGCGAGGCCGGUCGGUGAUCGAGAGUAGCCGCAGUAAACUGAAGGUCCCAGUGUCCAAGAACGGAGAGUGGAACUCGAAGAGCAAUGCGGUGGCGUCCUGCCGGUUGCAGAUGGAUGGCGGGGGGGGGAGGGAGGAAGGUCAGCCGGCGGGACUCAACUUGAAGCUGCAAAGAGUAGAUCAAGGUGAUAAUGAUCACGGAGACGGUGAUGAUGAUGUUGAGGAGGAGGACGAUGUAGGCGGCGAGGAGGAGGAGGAGGAGCAGGCGGAGAAGGAGAAGGGUAAUCGGAAGGGAGGAAAGAGGGGUAGUAGCCGUGUGGGACCCAGUCUUCCAACGACUGAGCCCGUGGUGAUGCCGCGAGUUGAUGAGGCUUUGAGGGCUUUCCAUCGUCGCAUGAUGAUGAAGAAGCUGAGCGGCCACGUGGGGGAAGAUGACAGGCAGAGAUCGACGACAGAGAAAAGGCUGCAGGUUCUUGAGACUAGAGUGCUGACAUUAUUUGGCAGGCUGAUGAGAGAGAGAACUGGGCAGGUGAGGAGGUCUCUGAGGACGAGAAAGGGUGCAGAGGGAUGGGCCGAGGAGGAAGAGGUGGAGGAGGAGGGGGAGGGGGAGGGGGAGAGGGAGGGGAGGAAGGAAGAAGAAGAACAACAUGAAUUGUUUGGUGGUCACGGGGCGAACGCUAUCGGUGAUGCAAGAAGAAGAGCAACCCCAGACAGGAGGAGGCUGGUAAGUCGUCGAGGAGAGGGAGGGGGAGGAGGGAGGGUUGAGGGUGUCGCAGGGCAAUGCAGCAGAAAAGAGAAGUCAAGAACGCUGUUUGACGGUUAUCUCCCCGGCAGUUGCUCCUGCCAUCAAGAUCGGUCUGUAGCUGAGACAAGAGGAGUCGGGGAAGGAGGAGGAGGAGGGGGAGGAGGAGGAGGAGGAGGAGGAGGAGGAGGAGAGGAAAGAAGGAAGAAAAAGAACAAGAUAGAAGGCACAGAAGAGAGGGAAGACGUGAGUACGAGUAUUGAAGGUGAAGAAGAUAUACUUAAUGAGGAAACCGGCCAGCGAGGGAGCGGCACGUGGCGAAGAGGGAGAAUGCUUGCAGACUCUGGUGCUGCUAACAACACCACGACUGUGUCUACGGUUGCGGAAGGCGAGCACCGAGGUAUUGGGGAAGAUGAAGGCGCUACGGAGGGGAGGAGGAGGAGGAUGUUAGGUGCGCACUACUUAUCAGUAAGGAGAGGAGGCGGCGCAGGAAUUGUGGGUGCAGAAAACGGUGAGAGAAGAAUGGCAAGAGAGGAAGCGGGAAGAGAAGGAGGGGCAAGGGAGGGGGAAGGCGAAGAAAGACGAAGAGCGGGAGGAGAAAGAGGAGGAGGAGAAAGAAGAGGAGGGGAGAGUGCCCACUACUUAUCAGAAAGGAGAGGAGGAGGCGCAGGAAUUGAGGGUGGUGCCGAAAACGGUGUGAGAAAAACAGCAAGAGCGGAAGCAGGAGGGGAAGGGGGAGGGGGAAGGGAGGGGCGAGGCGAAGAAGAAAGACGAAGAGGAGGAGAAAAAGGGGGUGAGAGAGGAGGAGAGAGAGGAGGAGAAGGGGAAAAAGGGACUCCUGUACUCCGAGCACGUGGAGGAUAUGCGUAUAGAGACGGAGAUGGCGAGGUGAAGAUGAUAGAGAGCCUUCAGGAAGAGGUUGCGAGUUUGGAGGGUAGAAUGGUAAGUAUGCAGGAGGAGAUGGAGGGCAAAUUGAGAAGCUUGGAUGAUCUGCAAGGGAAGGCGAAACGGGAGUGUGAGGAGAGGGACGCAGAGAUCAAGCGGUUGAGGGAGAAGUUGCUAGAGACUGAUAGCGAGUUGGGACGGAGAAGAGGAGAGGUGGAUUCUGUUCGGGUGGAGAUGGCGGAGAAGAGAAGGCAAUGGGAGUGCCGAGAGAAACAGCUAGCGGCGGAGCUGUCUGAUCUUGGGGAGAGGCUGAGGGUCACCGAGGCGGACCUGCGUUCGCAGCAGAGGUUGGUGGGUUACAUGGAGAAAGAUGAGAGGGAGGCGAUGGGUAGAGAUCGAGAGGUCCGGCGUAGUGUGUUGGAGCAUGUCAGAAUUGAAGUGUUGCAAGCAAGGAAGGCAAGGGAGGAAGCAGAAGAGGGGAGGAGAGUGGCGGAAGAGGCUUUGGCGCGCAGUGAGUCUAAAGUUGUGGUCUUACAGGACAGGCUGGCGGAGAUGUCCACCGCAGCGCAGGAGCUACGUGCAAGGUGCAGAGAGGAUGCCAGAGAGCGCAAUCAGCUUCUUUUAGAGAAGGAGGCUAUGGCGAAGGAGAAGGAGGGGAUGACGAAGGAGAAGGAGGCUAUGGCGAAGGAGAAGGAGGCUAUGGCGAAGGAGAAGGAGGAGGGAAGGAGAAUGGAAGCAGCGAUGGACCUGGCUCGUAAGGAGCAUGAGAAGGCGGUGAACCAGCUGAGGAGAGAGGUGGAGGAGUACAAGGCAGCGCUCGUGAGGCAGUGUGAGGUCGCCGAGCAGCGAGGGAAGCUGAUAGCAGAAUCGGAUAUGGCGGGAGCGAGGAAGAAGACGGAGACCAGAGCCGCCAAGGCCGAGAACGAGCUCAGGUCAACCUUGCAGCGGCACGCAGAAGAGAUGGCGAAAGCCCGCGAAGAGGCGACUGGCCUGCAGUCGCAGGUGAUGCAGUUGAAGAGAACACUAAAGGCGCUGAUUUUGAAAGAAUCUCGCGCAGAGGUGUUAGUCGCGGAAUUGACUGAGGUGGUGAGCACACAGAAAUCACAGCUACAGAGAUUGAAGAGAGAGUACGAGGAAGGCAAAGGCGCGGCCUUGGAGGAGGUCCAGGCUCUGCGUGACGAGCUGAAGAAGAGGCGGUCUGACGCAGAGCGUUCUGAGUCUCAGGCGGCACUGGAGAUGAAGGAGCUUAGAGCGGCUGUAAAGAGCGCAAUGGCGGGAAGACAGUCUGCGGAGGCAGAGGCGGCAGCAGCCAGAUCGGCGGAGGCAGAGGCAUGUGACCAAAUCCGCCGAUUGCAGGAGGAGAGGGAUUCCCUGCAUGCCAACUUUCAGCAGGCCAACGAUGCUGUCAGGAUCAAGAAUGCCUUGCUUGAUAGCCAGAAUGCCACCGUAGCCGAGCUCAAGGCGGAGAUCAGUAAGCUGAAGGAAGAGCUGCGCGGCGCGAAAUUGGAGGGAGAAGCUGCAGAAGCGCAGUGGCGGGAAAGGUUUGACAACGAGGUCGAGCAAGGUAGGGCUUUGAGAGAGGAGUUGCUGGCGGAGGACAGUGCCAUAGUUGACCUGCAAGAGAGAUUGCGCGAGGAGCGCGCCCUGAGGAUCGAACUGGAAGAAGGAUUGAACGAGCUGCGAGCGAGGGUGAAGGAGAAGAACAGCCUUCUGAAGUUUGUUGAAGAGGAGGUGGCGACGGUGAAAGAAAUGUUCCAGAAGAAGGAAGAGGCAGUCUUGGCGCAGAGAGACGAAGCACUGCGCACCGCCAAGAAGGCUCAGUCGGAGUUGGAAGACAACAUAGCCAAAGCGGACGCGCGGUUGGCGGACGCGUUAGCCUCCGCAAGAAGGGAGCACGAGUUGGAAACGACAAGCAAGGUCAAGAGUCUAGAAGCUGAGCUUGCAGAAAGGGAUGCCGCCAUCGCCAGCGCGGAGAAGCGUGUGCAACAGCAGAGUGCGCAAAAGUUCCCAGCCGUCCAUCUUUCACGAGCGGACACCGUCCAGCCGUCGAAGCGGAUCGCAGCAUCGGUAAUUUCAAGAACGUCUUCUGGACAGAUCAGACGAGAGCCGCUCACAAGGGAGAUCACUAAUCAACCCUUCAUCCAACAUUGUCCAUCGCAAUGCGGCCCGAAUCACCCCACCUCCUCCUCUCUGACUCAGGCAAUCACAGGAUCAGUUGCAGUCAAGUGCACAUCAGGAGGACGCACAACACCCAUGCCAGGGUCGGGCAUGGAGGUCCCACGCGCAGCAGGCAUACGAGCAGCCGCGGCGUUCCAUCCCAGUGCCUGUGGGGAUGACUUUGGCAGACUGCAACGUGCACCCCACAGUCAAUCGCAUCGACGGCAAAAGAGCUUGCCGUCGGAGAAACAACAAGCUGAAAAGACAGUUACUGAAGAACGACGGGAUCUUCACUCGUCAACAAGAACAUCAACACGAGGACAAAGAGGAGGAGGAAGAGAGGGAGGAGGAGGAGAGGAGAGGAGGAGAGGGAGAGGAGAGGAGGAGAGGGAAAGGAGGAGGAGAGGAGGAGGAGGAAGAGGAGGAGAGGAGGAGCAGGAGGAGGAGAGAGGAGGCAGAGGAAGAAGAAGGGAGAGGCGGAGGAAGAAGAAGGAAGAGGCGAAGAAGAAAAAGAAGAAGAAGACGAAGACGAAGACGAAGACGAAAACGAAGUCGACGACGACAACGAAGAAGAAGAAGAAGAAGAAGAAGAAGAAGAAGAAGAAGAAGAAGAAGAAGAAGAAGAAGAUCUUCCUUCAUGAACAAUGUAACAACAUGAGGAGGAGAGAGAAGAAGAAGAAGAAGAAGAAGAAGAAGAAGAAGAAGAAGGAGAAGAAGGAGAAGAACAAGAAGGAGAUUUUCCUUCAUGAGCAACAAGAAUUAACAACAUGAGGGGGAGGAGGAGGAGGAAGAGGAGGAGGGGGAGAAGAAAAGGACAACGACGAAGAAGAAAAAUAAGAUUUUCAUUCAUUGACAACAACGUCAACACAAUUAGGAGGCGGAGGAGGCGGAGGAGGAGAAAAGAAGGAGAAGAAUGAUGAUGAUGAUGACGACAAGAAAACAACAAAGUAGAUGUAUCAUCGGUCAAGAAAUGCGACAAGAUAUCAUUUAGAGGUAGUAAGACGUUCAUAUAGCAGGAAUUUGUGUGGAGAGGUGGGGGAAUGUCCGCACCCUUUUUUUUUUCUUGAAACACCCGAGGGUAUGCUUGGGGCGCUGAUAAGAGCAGACACCCUAGC